AUGAACCACGGCAUAGCCGAAAAUGACAGUUCAGAGCGGCGGCAUCUGUUGAAGGCACGGCGCUCGAAGUACAUCUGCAAAACCAUUGUAAUUUUCCUUCUCCACCAAUGGAUGCUCAUAGGUAUCGGUGUCGCCUGUGUUUUGGCAUACUAUUUUCCCAACGUAGCCAAGCAUGGCGGCGUCAUCAGAGCUGAAUACAGCAUCCUGUACGGGGCGAUGGCCAUCAUCUUCCUCACGUCGGGUCUGAGCAUCCCAAACCACAAAUUGUUUACGCAUCUUCUCAACUGGCGUCUUCACUUCCUUGUCCAGGUCUUCUCAUUCAUUUUCAUUCCCGCGCUUACACUUGCGGUUGUUCAUAUCAUAUUGGCUGGAGAUUCGCAUGGCCGUAUCGACCGGGCCGUGCUGGCGGGCUAUAUCUUCACCGCUUGUAUACCGACUACUAUCGCUUCGAAUGUCGUGAUGACCCGAUCGGCCGGUGGCGAUGAUGCAGCUGCUCUGGUUGAGGUCGUCAUCGCCAAUUUCCUAGGUCCUUUCAUCACGGCCGGUUGGACUGUCACCUUGCUGCCCGGUACCGCUGAAUUCGAUCCGUGGAGGCAGGCAAGCGGAGAUCUAAGUGAGAUGUACAAGGAUGUAUUCAGACAGUUAGGCCUUAGUGCACUUUUGCCCCUGGUAGUAGGACAGCUGGUGCGUUGGGCCUGGCCGGAGCAGACGGAACGAGUGAUGCAGACGUAUCGUAUCUCGAAGCUUGGAUCCGCUUGUUUGCUGCUGAUUGUUUGGAUGACAUUCUCCUCUUGCUUCGCCACCGGAGCACUUCAAACUCUUUCCGUGCAAAGUGUCCUGUUCGUGGUCUUCUUCAACAUCGCUCUGUACAUUGCCCUCACUGGCGUAUGUUUUGUUCUUUCACGGCCACCGGAAGUACUGUCGGUCAAUAGGUUCGGCAUGCAACGCAUAUUCAAGCGCAUAACCCCCGAGGAGACAAUCGCAGUAUGUUUCUGUGGUCCCGCAAAGAGCACCGCGCUGGGAAUUCCCCUGUUGUAUGCCAUGUGGGCCCCAGUUGACCUGUACACCAAGGCAAGGACCUCGGUGCCUGUGUUGCUGUAUACGACGGAACAGAUCUGUAUAGCACACUUUUUUGUUCAUAUCCUGCAAAGGUGGCAUAAGAAUCUAAACAAGAAACAGGAUGUCGAGACAACGAGUGACCACGUUAGUUCCUCCAGAAUGGUGCUUUCACUUGCGGACUUACCACCGGACCGAAAGGGCGUGGGUAGAUGCAAGACAGUCCAUGAUUAG